AUGACUCAUGGCCUUAUCUCGGAGGAGAAAUCAAUCUUCUUACCAGAUAGAAGUAUUAUGGACAUGCCAUUCAUCCUCAACGAGGUUGUUCCGUGGUUAAAGAGAGCUAAGAAGACUGGUAUGGUGUUUAAAGUGGACAUAGAGAAAGCAUAUCAUACAUUGAACUGGGAAUUUUUAAAUUCUAUAAUGGCUGAGAUGAAAUUUCCACUCAAAUGGAGAAGUUGGAUCAUGGUCACCGUGUCUACCGCUCGUGCUUCUCUCCUUGUGAAUGGUUCACAAACACAAGAUUUCUCGUGCUUCAUGGGGCUACGACAGGCUGACCCAUUAUCCUCGAUCCUUUUUUAUCGCGACAAAGGCAUUGUUUAG